AUGCUACUGGCAGACGAAACGGACAUUGACGCCCCUGCGCCGCCCAUCGACCCCACCAAGCCGGCAGUCGAGGUCUCCCAUGCCUCCUUUGCCUGGAGCGCUGCUCCCUCUGCUGCUCCUACUGCUGCUGCUAAUGGAACUGCUUCUAACGGUGCUGCUGGGGGGGGCUCAGGAGCAGAAAAGGGAGGUGGAGGAGGGGGAGACGGCAAGGAGAAGGGUGGAGUGGGAGGGGAGGGGAAGGAGAAGGACGUGGGGGGCACACUAACAGAUGUGACUCUAUCGGUGGAGCCUGGGAAGCUGGUGGCUGUUGUGGGCGCCACAGGGCAAGGCAAGUCGUCGCUGGUCAGUGCGCUGCUGGGCGAGAUGCCCAUGGUGGCAGGGGACUCUCCUCCUAUCAUCAGAGGCCGCGUGGCCUAUGUCUCACAGGUCUCCUGGAUCUUCAACGCCACAGUGCGCGAGAACAUUCUUUUCGGGCUGCCCUACGAGCAGCAGCGGUACGAGCGGGCAGUGAGAGUGAGCGCCCUGGAGAGGGACCUGCAGCUGCUGCCAGGGGGGGACCUCACGGAGAUAGGCGAGAGGGGAGUGAACGUGAGUGGCGGGCAGAAGCAGCGCAUCAGCAUCGCGAGAGCGGUCUAUUCUGACGCCGAUGUGUUCUUCUUCGAUGAUCCGCUCUCCGCCCUCGACGCCCACGUCGCCAAGCAGGUGUACGACACGUGUGUGAGGACAGAGCUUGCCGGCCGCACGCGCAUCAUGGUCACAAACCAGCUGCACUUUCUGCCAGCCGUGGACUGGGUGGUGAUGGUGGAGGGGGGGCGCAUAGCAGAGCAGGGGCCGUAUGUGCAGCUGAAGGCGUCGGCACCCAAGUUCCAGAGGCUGCUGGAGAAGGCAGGCGCGCUGGAGGAGCACGGGGACGCGGAGGUGGGGGGGGAGGGAGGGGAAACAGCAGGGGACGCGGGCAGUGGUGGAGGUGAGACGAGCGCUGAAGCGGCAGCGGCAGCUGCAACAGCUGGCAGCAGCAGUAGUGGUGGUGGUGGUGGCAGUGACUCUGCUGCAGCAGCGAACGGCGAUUCUCGCAGCAGCAACCGGGCUGGGGAGAAGAGCGGAGCGGGGAAGGGGGAGAAAGGCGGGGCAGGGGGAACGACCCUAGUCCAAACAGAGGAUAAGGCGCAGGGGGUGGUGAGCGCGGCGGUGGUGUGGCGGUAUGUGAGGGCCAUGGGGGGGACGGGCGUGCUGGCGGUGCUCAUCUCGCUCUACGUGCUCGUGGAGGCCGCCAGGGUGCUGGCCAGCGUGUGGAUCAGCGUGUGGACGGGGAGUGUUUCUCAGGAGGAGGGUGGUGGGCAUGGGUCGCUGUAUUUCGUGGCGGGGUAUUCGCUCAUCUCGCUGGGCCAAGUGCUGCUCACCUUCGCCAACCAAUACUUCCUCGUGUUCUCCUCCCAGCGAGCGGCCCGUCGUCUGCACGAUGCCAUGCUGGCGGCCAUUCUCCGCGCCCCCAUGUCCUUCUUUCACACAAACCCCGUGGGUCGUCUUAUUAACCGCUUCACUAAAGAUACAGCCGACAUCGAUAAAAACCUCGCACAGUACACGUCGCUGUGCCUGGGCGGCAUCUUCCAGCUGCUCUCCACCUUCGCCCUCAUCGGCGUUCUCAACACCGUCGCCCUCUGGGCCAUCGUGCCGCUGCUGCUGCUCUUCUAUAUCGUCUACCUCUACUUCCAAAACACCGCACGGGAAGUCAAGCGCUGGGACUCGGUGACGCGCUCUCCCGUCUACUCACAGUUCGCGGAGGCACUGAACGGGCUAGCAACCAUAAGGGCGUACAGGGCAGCGGCGCGCAUGGCGGGGAUGAACGGGCGGGCGGUGGACCGCAACACGCGCUUCACCCUUGUCAGCAUGAGCGCCAACCGCUGGCUCGCCAUCCGCCUCGAAUUCCUGGGCGGACUCAUGAUCUUGGCCACGGCUGUAUUCGCAGUGAUGGAUGUGCAGCGGGCGGGCGACCAGGCAGCACUGGCGCCGGUGAUGGGACUCAUUCUGUCGUACGCGCUGCAAAUCACUGCCAUGAUGACCAUGGUGCUGCGCCUGCUCUCCGUCGCUGAGAACUCGUUCAAUGCGGUGGAGCGAGUGGGCAGUUACGCUGACAUCCCCGCCGAGGCGCCGGCCAUCAUUCCGAGCCACCGCCCGCCGCCCGGGUGGCCGCAGCAGGGGGAGGUGUUAUUUGAGGACGUGGUGAUGCGGUACAGGCCAGACCUGCCACCCGUGCUGAGAGGGCUCAGUGCCCUGGUGCAGGGAGGAGAGAAGGUUGGAGUGGUGGGGCGCACUGGGGCAGGCAAGUCGUCCCUGUUCAACUCACUCUUCCGAUUGGCCGAGAUCGAGAGCGGGCGCAUCUGCAUCGACGGUCAGGAUCUGAAGCUGUUUGGAGUGACGGACGUGCGCCGUGCGCUCAUGAUCAUCCCCCAGACGCCCGUGCUCUUCACUGGCACGCUGCGGUUCAACCUGGAUCCGUUCAGCGAGCGCAGUGACAGCGAGGUGUGGGAGGCGCUGGGCAGGGCGCACCUGAGGGAGGUGGUAUCUCGCAUGCCGCUGGGGCUGGACACAGAGGUGGCAGAGGGAGGGGAGAACUUCAGUGUGGGGCAGAGGCAGCUGAUCAGCCUUGCACGGGCGCUGCUGAAGGAGUCGCGAAUUCUGGUGCUGGAUGAAGCGACGGCAGCCGUUGAUGUGGGCACGGAUGCGCUGAUCCAACGGACGGUGCGCGAGGAGUUCAAGGGGCGCACCAUGCUGACCAUCGCCCACCGGCUCAACACCAUCAUGGAUAGCGACCGCAUCCUGGUCAUGGAUGCUGGCAUGGCCUUGGAGUACGACACGCCAGCCAAUUUAGUCCUGAACGAGGCCAGUGUCUUCGCAGCAAUGGUGCGCAGCACGGGCCCUCAGACCGCCAAGUAUCUGCGCAGUGUGGCUCUGGGGGAGGUGGCGCUAGCAGACGAGCUUGCCGGCCGGGCGGCGGUGCAGGAGAAGCAGAUGGCGCGCGAGGCGGCCAAGUGGCGGUGGGCCACUGCCGCCCAGUGGGCCCUGGCUCUCACGCUCACCUCCUCACAGAGGGAUCUGCAGGCCAUGUGCAACGACAGUGAGGGGGAGGAGGGAGAGAGCAACGCACUUGUGGCCGUCACACAACCACCGACCUUCCAGAGAGGCGUGCUGGAAGAGACAAGGGAUGCCGCCCAGGUGCUGCAGGCGGUGCUGUCUGGGCAGCGCAGUGAGGAGAUCUCGUCAGCGCUGACGAGGCGACAGCUGUCGGAAGACAAGUGGUGGACGGCUGUCAGCCGCGUGGUGCAGGGUGAGUAG